ACAGAGCGGAGCUCAGAGAGAGACUAUACUGUAAGACCUGGAGGAGAGCAGCAGGAAUAGGAAGGGUCAACAUCGCCACUAACUGCUGCCAGGAGAACCAGAACUUUCUUUGGCUACAGAUGAAAUGAACGCAAUUUAAAUUAACCUUUGGAUUCAGAGGUCCAGAAGUUGCAGUUAUUUUGUUUUUGAUUAUUGAUCAACAACCACAGAGGGCAUAAGAUAGAAUUCUGAUUGUCUGCUGAUUGUUUUUCCCAUGGCGAGCAUUUGGAUUUCUCAACCGGGAACCAUCUGCAGCUCCCAGACAAGGCUCUUGCUGUUUUCCAUCCUGGUACUCCAGGAGCUUUUAUGUGGUGAGAGCAGUCCAAUCUCCAGCACCCAUCAGAGGCAUCGUCCUGCCCCGGGGCUGGGAGACGGGAACGGAGGGGUGGUGGAUCCAUCACAGCUGGAACAGGACAGCAACAUGGACAUGCAGAGUCUGCUGGAGAGCCUCAAGGAACAGUUUCUGCAGACCUUCAACCUGUCGGGCUUGGGUCCUUCUGGAAGUACCCGAGAAGAGCCACCUGAGUACAUGAUGGAGCUAUACAACCGUUUUGCUAACGACCACAGUGCCAUGCCCUCCGCCAACAUCAUCCGCAGCUUCAAAAAUGAAGAUUCAUCCCCCAGUGUUGUCGGUGUUGAAGGAGUGAGGUGUCACCCUCUCCUCUUCAACGUGUCAGUCCCUCGUCACGAACGCAUCACCACAGCCGAACUACGCCUCUACACCCUCGUCCAGACUGACCGCCACCUUUAUGCCGGUGUCGACCGCAAGGUCACGAUCUACGAACUGGAGCCGCAUGAGCUAGACGACAACAUGACGGAUGACAACACUGUGAUGGGAGAUGCGUUCAGAGGGGGAGGAGAGCAGAUAGAGCGGGUACAGUUGGCUUCGAGACAGGUCUACGGCACCGAUAGCGGCUGGCAGGCGUUUGACCUCACCGCUGCUGUCCAGCGUUGGCACAAAUUGGACCGUGGCACCACGCACCGGAUAGAGGUGCACAUUGCCAGUAUGGCUAAUGAAAAUGUUCAAAGUAUAUCUGAGGACAACAGAAGCAGGGAUCCACCUGAAGGAGACAUGAAGAUUGAUACCAGUCCUGAGGAAAAACACAAACCCCUGCUGAUUGUUUUCUCUGACGACCAAAGCAGUGAUCACCGCGAUGACAAGCGGGAGCUGAACGAGAUGAUUGACCACGAAACCUCCAACAUGGUUCUGCAGAAUGACCUUGAGACAGGCCUUUGGGGUGAGGACGGAGAAGAACAGGUCGAGCCCGAUGAGGAGGAGCUCCUCCAAAUGCGUUCCAAUCUGAUCUACGAUUCAGCAUCCCGCAUUCGUCGCAAUGCCAAAGGCGACCACUGCAAUAAACAGAGUCUGUUUGUAGAGUUCAAAGAUAUUGGAUGGGACAGUUGGAUUCUAGCACCCACUGGUUAUGAUGCAUUUGAAUGCACUGGCAUUUGUUCAUUUCCACUGACAAAGCAUGUGACGCCCACCAAGCACGCCAUUGUGCAGACGUUGGUCAAUAUCAACAGUCCUCAGAAAGCGGCGCGAGCUUGCUGCGUGCCCACCAAGCUGGACCCCAUCUCUUUGCUGUACCUGGACGACACGGGCGUGGUCACCUACAAGUACAAAUACGAGGGCAUGGUCGUGGCUGAGUGCGGUUGCAGAUAGUCCAUGCUCUGAGAGAGUUGAACACGCUACAAAGUCUUACGCUUUACAGUCAGAGGAAAGACACUGAACAAACAUAAGCUGGAAAAGGAGAUAAGCGCAGAAUGUUGUUUCGACAAAGGGACAGCUGGUGGAAUCUCUGUAAAGGUUACUCAGUGAGACUGGAAUCGCACAUUCACUGUUCACGAAACCCGAUGUGUACAUGGCCAAAGACAGGGGAGAGACAAUGCGCUGCUGAACGGCAGCCGUUGGUCGCUAACUGUGACCAUCGAGAACAGUAAGAAACGAGAUUUCCCAAGGACCCAACCAAGUACGUCCAAGUGUGCGAAGCCUGGUGGGAACUAGUGGGCUUGCAUUCCCCCUCCCUCUACUUCCCCCUGACAUCUGUCUUCCUUUCUACUUAUCUCUGGACUCCCCACUUGAUGCGAACACUAAUCAGCACUUCAUGUGUCCUGGUGCAGUGAAAUGGCCUCCCAGAGGCAACCUGACAAGACAUAAACUCUGUGGGCCCACCUCCUGCCUUCUGCAGCCUCUGAUACGUAGGUGCUGUGUGGGGGUCGUGGUGGCAGGGUUAUCAUCCCUAAACCCUGCUUCCCACGUCACAUGCCUCUUUUCCACUCCCUCCUAGCUAAAGUGAUAGCAAGGUGUUGGGGGGUUGAGAAACAUUGGAGUGACCACCCAGACUAGAACUGGACGUCAUUGGGGGGCAUCUUUUUAAGGUAGUGGGGCUGAAAGUUGGGGGUACACAGCAAAGGGGCCAGAGGUUGUUCACAUUCCUAGGUAACAGACAUUUUUUACUAGCUCAACUCACUGACCCACCCUGUACCCCCAAUAUCUCAUAACUCUUCCGCCGAGUCAUCCAUCAAUUUUAUGUAAAAAAAAAACAACAUUAUCACCUGUAAGCUAAAACCAAGUGUGGAAAUGGGGCCACUUCCUGUUAAGGAUCCCCAAAGAAAAUACUAUCAUUUUCUUUAGUUUAAAGCCUUUUGAUACCUCUGCUGCUUGUGUCAAUUAAAACACUAUUUAUUGUUCUAAUUUAUUAA